UGAGAUUUACACAUUUGUAAAGCAAGGAUUUUAAGUACUCACUGAACUGCUGUAUAUGGCAAUGUGGAACGCCUACUGAACUACCAUAUAUGGAUGGCUAUGAUACAAAACAGAAAGAACAUUAAAACUCUCGGGUAAACGAUUUAUACACGGGGGCUACGCCUCCUCGUACAAACCGUUUACCCUCGAGUUUCAAUGCUCUUUCUAUUACUUGGAAGUUCACUUACUCGUAUAUAUCCGCUACUGUAUUCAUAUGAAACAUACAUUUUAGGGCAAGAAGGAUAUACACGAUGGAUAAUUAUCGAAAACAAAUGUUGAUAUGUUUUAUUCUAUGUUUCGUCGGCAUGUUUGCAAUCAUGUUUGAAGUGGUCGGCUGUUUUACCGAAGCAUGGCUAAGAUAUCAUACGGACAUACAUAUUAAACGCGGUGUCAGUUCAUAUAAGAAAAAGGACUCGGUAUCUAUUGGAUUAUGGACAGUCACGGUUUGCGGAACCGAAGAAAGCAAUUCCAUUUUUAGGGCCAUCCAAGCCAAGCCAGCGACAGUAUGUAAAACAGCUACUAUUGAGCAAUUACACAAGGCCAUUGCUAUGUCUAAUAGCACUUUCAAAGAACAAGGGAAGGAAUUUCUGAAGAGUUUUCUCCCGCAAAAGAUUCUAACAGUAGUCGGUGGAGUGCUAGGAAUAUGCAGCUUAGCGCUAACAUACGCUUUCGCCAAGACUAAGCCGAAUGAAACUACGGGAUCUUACACAGUGAGCGCAGUUUCCUGCAUAGUUUGCUGGAUCAUAUCAGGUGCACUAUUGUUUACAGCGGUGGGUAUCCAGAACCACAACAAUGCUAAUUUUGAAAAAGAAAAUCAAAUGGAGGCUAAUAAACCGGAAAUAAGAGACAUAUUGACAUUUUCAGUCGGUUCUUCGGCUUCCAUCGUUAUGUUGGGAGUUGGGAGUUCAUUUGGAGUACUCCUGGCACUAAUUAUACCUAUAAUGAUUGUCUGCCGUAUUAGGAGUGGUAAUGGUGCGGAGGCAUAUACAAACCAGGCUAUUUAAAGCUCUUUGUAAUGCAGAAUAAUUGUUUUUAUUGCCUACGCCAUUGUAUACAGUCUAUUAUUCAACAACAACAUCAACACCACUUACAACAGCAAUAUCAACACUAAUUUCAGGACAAUGUGUAAAGUCUGUCUCAAAGAAAUUUGGACCUCCGAUGACUUAUUUAUACUGAAUCUAACCAGGAAGGUCUAAUACGUAUCAGUUGUUCCAGAUCUAACAUUGUCAAAAGUCAUCGUUGAGACUAGAAGGUUAAUAUCUCUAGAUAUUUAAUUAUUCAAUGAAGUCGUAAAUCAAGAGUUUGUGAUUUCGAAACGUAACACGCGAAAUUUCCCUUAAAUCUCCAAAACAGAGAAAUAAACAACAGCGAAUUUCCGUAUAGAAAAUAAAAUUCAGUCGCAUGUGAAAACGACUGUUGCACAAAUCUUUGAAAUUCCCGAAGGUGACUUUUUUAAUUCACAAAAACAUGUUUUAUGUCAGUUGAUCCCUUUCCAUUACUUUAUAUCAGCCCAAAAUUUAGGUCCAAAAUGAGAUGAGACAGACUUAGUUCAAGGUUACCGUAAUAGUUAACUCCCUUUGCAAAUCUUGCAGCCAUUUCGGUGUUAAACGUGUCGAUACUUUUCAAAAUCAGUUAAAAAUCUAAGGACAAAAAAUAGACACUUGUCAAAUGCCUUCCUAUGUGCAGAGAUUACAUACAUAGCAACAAUACAAGAACAUUCUUUUAUCGGUAAACAGAAGAUAAAUUCUUGUCUAAUCUGUAGCAGUGUUUAUAUAAGUAUUAACCCUAAAAUGGCUACCAGGGGAGAUAAUGUGUGCUAUGUGAAUACUAUCACAGGGCUAAAAGGCAGUUACUCCACGAACAUAUACAUCAGAUCAUUUCGUAAUUGAAAUAUCUUCACAGUUACCCACCUUUGCAGGUAAAGUUGAUAUCUAUAAAACUCGGAUGUGUGAGUUUUCGACUGUAAUAGCUGUCAGCUGCCUACCGUCUCUAUGGAGUUUUAUCAUUCUUCCACACCCGCUUCAAGCUCUGUAAAAAAGAGACUGAGGUUCCUAAUGACCUAUUGUUCUAUAUCUUUAGUUGCUGACAGGACGGAUUACAUGCUGAAUUUUGUCAUUACAUGAUUCAUAAACUUACGCGUGAUAUUAUGACGAUGUCACAUUUUUGUAUCGUACGUUAAUUCAGAUAAAAUUCUCUCGCCAACCAUUAUCAUACUUCAUUUCUUUUAGGCUUGCACUUUGAUUUGUUUUGUGUUUCUUAAUUCACAUUCUGGCACUGCCAAGCUUUUUUCUGCUUUAGCAACAGUUCUUACACGUGCAUUUAAUGAGAAUAAAUUGAAAUUGUA